CCCCAAAAUAUCAUUAGUACAUGGAGAUGAAAUCACAUAUCUCCCUAAAUGCAAUGAAAUCAAACUCAUGACCAGAUUCUUUCCCUUCUAUGUAUAGAUAGUUAACAUUCUCACAAUAUGUGAAAAGCAAAUCCGUAAUUGUCCAACACAUUUUGGUCCCUAUAAAAAGCCACCAACCAUAGCUCUCUGCAAAUCACCCACCAACAGGAAGAACCAUUCCGCCAUUCAAACACAAGUAUUCCCUCAUCCAGUCCCUCUGUUCUUCACAAUGAACACAUCAGUGAAAAACAUGAAUGUCACAGCCACAGUAGCUUUCAUGUUGGCACUGCUGAUCAUGGCGUCGUCCACAACCAGCACUGUGAGUGCUCAAGCUGCCGUGACAUGCCCUGGCGCCCUGCUUCAGCUGCUCCCCUGCCUUCCAUUCCUCACCAAGCAAGUUACCACUCCACCUGCACAAUGCUGCUCCAAUGUCAAGCUGAUGAACGACGAGGCCAACACCGCCGCGAUUCGUCAGCAGCUCUGCAAGUGCUUCAAGCCUGCUGCAAUCUCCUAUCAUGUCGAUCCUGCAGUCGCCAAGGCCCUCCCUGGCUUGUGCAGAGUCAGUGUCCCCGUCCCUAUCGAUCCCAAGAUCGACUGCAACACGAUUUCCUAGAUGUGAAAAAUGGAUGAAGUUGCGGAGCCAUGGAAAGGCGAUGGGCAUCCAUGGAUCUUGGACCAGAGUUUGCUAUGCAAAUUCUUGAGAUGGCGUUGAUGAUGAUACAUAAAACACAGUUCUUCGAUGGUUGAUUAGUGGAUACGCAGGGAAAGGAAGUCGGAAUAAAUAGAUAGCUUGCUUAAUUAAUAAAGACACAAAGUUGUGUUUUAUAUUAUGUGUUUCUUUUUUACAAUCGUUUUGCAAUGUCUUCACCUUCAUCUAGACAAAAUUUAAUUUGCAAUGUACUCGAUGUAUAACUCCAAAGUGUGGGUAUCAACUAUCAUUAAUAUCAUAUACCUAGCUAUUUUUGGUUCAACAUUAAUUAAUACAUACAAGCCUGACAUGAGAGUUACUAUUCAUUAGUGUUCAUACUCAUUCAAGUGCAAGUGAUGAAGUUCCAACCUCUUCUUUUACCCCACUCUCCAUUCUACAACAUUUGUGUUUAGUUAUUGUUCGCUAGGUUUCUGUCUAUGACUUUUUGCACAAAUCAUCGCCUUUACUCACCAUUUUGCAGCCCAUCUCGAAAUACUGUCGGCGGAAUCCUAAGUUGUUCCCCAAUCCCCACCAUCGUUUCCCAAGUCCGCUACCACGAGUUUUGUUUUAGGAUCGAGUUUCAUCCUCUUUAGUGUUUUUUCUUUCUUUUUUUCCUUUUUGUUGAUCAUGAUCACAAUUAAACCAAAUCCAUGAGACCUAAUUUGAUCCAGUCAAAGCGACUUGAAAACAAACAUUAACAUUUAUAAAUUGCUUUUUUCUUCUUCUUUUGGUUGGCAGCCUGGACCAAGUGUUAAUUUGUUAAAAAAUUGUUCAAAGCGAGUUGAACACGUUGUUGACCAGUUUUAGAUCGAAAGCGAAUUUUGUACGCUUUAUUGUUUUAUUUCUCAUUUUCCUUUUCGUGGAGAGUGACAAUUGAACUCUGACCCAUCGUUGACGCGUUUUGUAUCGAGAACGAGUUUUGUCUGCUUUUGCAAUUGACAGGUUGGGUAAAUUGUGAAUUUGUUAAAACUGGGUCAACCCUGUCAAAGCGAGUUGAACGCAGUGUUUGAGAGUUCGGGGUCAUGAGCGAGUUUUAUCCGCUUUAGUAUUUUUUUUUAUCUUUUUCCUUUUGUUUGAGAAUGACACUUGAGUCCAAACAUAUGGGUAUACAACCUAAUUCGACCCGACCAAAGCGACUUGAAGCCGAUUUUAUUUUAUUUGUUUUUGUAAUUGGCGUGUUGUGUCUGGUGUGAAUUUGUCCAAAACUCGGUCCAACCGGGUCAAAGCGAGUUGAACCUGGUGUUGACGAGUUUUGAGUCGGUAGCGAGUUUUAGCUUUAGUGGUUUUCAUUUCGCUUUUUUCUUUUGUUUGAGAAAGACAAUUAAACCCAAAUCCAUGGGUAUCCAACCUAAUUUGACCCAAUCAAUGCGAGUUGAACCUAUUCAAACCUGCAAUCAGUCCAAAAUUUCAUAAAGGAGAACUACGAUUACCUCAAACCCAAGAAAAAAAAACCAUACAAAUUGAAACAUCAACAUCAUGAAGAAGUUUAAACAUAAAUAAUCUAUUUGACAACCCCUCUACCUUAUGCAAGUUCAUCGACCAUAUGUUAUUGUAAAUAACAAACCUAUGAAAUAAGAUUACUUUCACUUUUGGAUCAACAUUAAAAUUAUUACUCUUUAAAAUAUUUCUUUUUGUAAUACGUGAAAGGAUAGCGAGUGGGCUUUUGCAUAAGAAAUAUGUUUUUAUACA